AUGGUGGUACAGAUUUUGUUAGCUCUUCUGGUGGUGAUCCUCUCGAUCAACUAUCUGCUGGUGCGGCAAAAUUUAAAGUAUGGCCAAAACAUCCCGGGACCAUUGCCACUGCCGAUAGUGGGCUGCUUCUAUCUCUACAUUAAUCUAAAGCCUGAAGACAUAAUCGAUUUCGUGUCGGAGCUGCGAAAUAAGUACGGCAACCUGUUUCGCGUCUGGAUCGGGAACCGGUUAGCACUGUUCUGCACGAACGUAAAGUACAACGAAACCGUACUGAGCAGCCAGAAGCAGAUUCGCAAAAGCGAACUGUACAAAUUUCUCGUGCCAUGGCUAGGGGACGGUUUGUUGCUGAGCACCGGACAGAAAUGGUUCAACAAGCGCAAGAUCCUCACACCAGCAUUUCACUUCAAGAUUUUGGAUCAGUUUAUCGAGGUGUUUCACAAGCAGAGCUGCAUACUGGCUGACCGAUUGCGUCCGGAGGCGAAUGGAUCGUUGGUGAACAUCUAUCCCUACGUGACGCUGGCAGCGUUGGACAUUAUUUGUGAAACGGCAAUGGGUACCUCGAUCAACGCACAAACUGAUGCCGAUUCGGCGUACGUGAAAGCUAUUACGGAGCUAAGCCUGGUGCUUACGGGACGCUUCGUGAAGGUGUGGCAACGGGUGGACUUCCUGUUCAAUCUUUCCGCCGACAAGGGACGGCAGGAUCGGAUCAUUAAGGUGCUGCACGAUUUCACCACGAAGAUCAUUCAAUCCCGUCGGAAAGAGUUGAUGGAGCAGGGAGGCGGUGUGAUUGGUGGUACGGUGGAAGAUGAAGACAUGGCUGACAUAGGUACGAAGCGUCGGAUGGCAUUCUUAGAUGUGCUGCUGCAAGCUACAAUUGAUGGCCGACCGUUAACGGAUAAGGAAAUUCAGGAGGAGGUGGAUACAUUCAUGUUUGAAGGUCACGAUACGACCACGAUUGCGAUUUCAUUUACAUUACUGCUGCUUGCCCGACAUCCGGAGGUACAGGAAAAGGCAUACCAAGAAAUAGUAGACAUCGCAGGAACGGAUCCUUACAAACCGGUUAGCCAUCGUAAUUUGCAAGAUAUGAAGUAUCUGGAGAUGGUGAUCAAGGAGUCACUUCGACUGUAUCCACCGGUACCGAUCAUCGCACGUCGAUUUACCGAGAAUGUUGAGCUAGGGGACAAAAUUGUGCCGGAAGGAUCAAACUUUAACAUCGGCAUCAUGCACAUGCACCGAGAUCCUACCUUGUUUCCCGAUCCGGAGCGUUUCGAUCCCGAGCGGUUCGCACCGGAUCGUACGAUGGAACAGUCCAGUCCGUAUGCUUACGUACCGUUCAGUGCGGGUCCUCGCAAUUGUAUCGGGCAAAAGUUUGCGAUGCUAGAGCUGAAAAGUACUGUAUCGAAGGUUAUUCGUAACUUUAAGCUAACUUCAGCCGGUCCGGAACCAAAGCUAACGAUGCAGUUGACGCUGAAGCCAAGGGAUGGCCUGUACAUUGGAUUCGUUCCACGUGCCCAGUGA